GUAAAAGAGUCGUCGAAGGAUGAUAUCUUGGCCGACUUUGCCCACACCCAUUGAUUCAGUAUCCCAUCCCAUCGGCUUUGCAACUGAAAGCCAACCCUCCAUGUUCUUUUGAAGAUGUCGAUGUUGUUCUCGCGUCGUAAUGAAUCUCUAGAACAGCCAUCAACCACUCGCGAGCCGUUGAUCUCACCGUUACCAGCGUUCCUGGAAGAACAGAGUUCAGCACCACCUGCAUCUAGAGCAUUCCGGGCCGAGCCGGCAUCCCCAGCAUUGCCGCACAAACUCCCCCGACGGACCAAGGCUCACGUUGCAUCGGCAUGUGUCAAUUGCAAAAAGAAGCACCUGGGUUGUGAUCCCGCCCGCCCGUGUCGGCGGUGUGUCUUAUCCGGUAAAGAGGUGUGUCACCCUGUCCCCAAAGUCCCUAUUCUUUUCUAUCCAUCAACAAUAUUGGGUCACUUGCGUAGAUCUGUGAGAUGAAGAGAUACCCGGCAGUGGCUGAGGAGCAUAGGCCACAUGUAUCGAUGUCACACACAAGAAACGAGGACGGCCACCGCUGAAGGCAAAAACAGUAUCAUUU